AGCAACAAUCACGACAGCAUCUAUUUCCCACUAUUCUACACUUUAUCUUUAGCCAAGCCGUCUGAUAGCACAUCCUCCACCCUGUCAUCUAGAAGUGGUCAAGAAAAAAGUAGGUGUUCUUUUCUAGCUGCUUUCCCCCUUUCUCCACAGCUGCUAGUCUUCGUCAUCCAAAACUUUCACAAUUCAGCUCCAACUAAAAUACCAGCUUUAGCCAGAUUCCGAUUCUCUUAAUUUUCUCGAUUCAACCCUUGGAAGCCAGCUUCUUAGCUCUUCUUAGCCGUGACUAUCCCCAGCUACCCGACUUGUCUGUUUUGUCGCUGCCACAAAGCUCUUCGCAAUGUCGCGUAUUCAGAUUCCUCUCGACCUUAUUACGUCGCGCCUCAACAUUGGCGAUCGUUUUGCUGGGUUUCGCAACACGUCGUUGUCCAGCCGCUUCGCAAACAUGAGGCCCAUCGGCGAGUUUCUUGACUUCAAGCGCAUUUCCAAGCCCGCCAACUUUGCCGAAGUCCAGUCGCGUGUCAAUUACAACUUGUCAACGUUUUCGAGCAACUAUGCCGUUGUCUUUGUUCUCCUCGGCAUUUAUGCGUUGAUCACGAACCCAUUGUUGCUAUUCGACAUCAUCCUGCUCGCUGGCGGUCUGUGGCUGCUUGGCCGACUCAAUGGACAGGACGUGACCAUUGGUACCUUCACGGCAACCUCGUCCCAAUUGUACACGGGUCUACUCUGUACAUGCGGGUUUCUCUUUCUCAUUGCUUCACCUUUCUCCACUGUCCUAUGGUUGAUUGGUGCAAGUGGCGUGGUCAUUCUUGGUCACGCUGCUUUUCUGGACAAGCCUAUCGAUGAGGCUUUUUCAGGGGAGGCGGUCUAGGUGGUCGGCCGCGAGCUCCCGAAUUUGCGCCCUCAUGGGGUAGACCAUCCGGGCGUAGACAGGGGAGGUAUGUCGCGCCUGAGGACGACUUUUGGGAUACUAGACGUCGAG